AUGACAGAUACCUCCUCCCUCGCCAUCACGCACGCCACAACGGAUUCCUAUCCGGUCCACGCCCAUCGCGGCUCGCCUGCCGCCGUCGACGGCGCCGCCUCUGACUCCGGCGCACCCGAUGAAGAACCUUACACCAUCAAAUGCAUUUGCUCGUUCGAGGAAGAUGAUGGUAACACGGUCUUUUGCGAAGGGUGCGAGACAUGGCAGCACAUCCUCUGUUACUAUCCCGAUAAGAGAGUACCAGAUGUGCACAACUGUGUCGACUGCGAGCCACGGCCCCUUGACAAUCGUCGUGCCCAUGAACGCCAACGGCAGCGGCGGAUCAGAGAAAAAAGCGAGGACGGGGACCGAAGAACAAAACGAUCCGGUGCUAAAUCCCAUAAGAGAAAGUCCAAGGAUCCCGAGGUGAAUGAGUACAGUCUUGGGCGACAUGAUUCGGGUGCUCGUGAGGCGCCACCGGUUAAGAAACAGAAGGCGUCUCGCCGUCCAUCAACGUCAAUAAGUGGUGUUUCGGGUCCCUCGGGUUCCUUGGCUGAAUCGCGAAAUCGUCGAUCCUCCACUUCGACGAAUUCCUCCUCUCUUUAUGAUCGCGAAGAUCUUUUUGUGGAAUCCAAGAGUAUCCUCAACUACGGCGUCGAUUUUCUCAAUGAAAUCGUUGCAUGGCUGAAGGAUCCACAAAUAUUAGCGAAAGUCAGUGAUGGACUCAGUGCCGAAGACUUUGCCAAACGGUCCGAAGCGGCUAUGGAUCAGUCUCGCUGGCCCUCCCUGGCCGUUGAAACCAUCCCUGCCUCGAGCGUUGAGAUUGAUGGUAAAAUUCCCGUCCACAAGAUCUUGAAAACACAAGAUCCAAUACGGAAGGGCGAUAUUGUCGGCGAAAUUUUUGGCAAACUGGGCCACGUCAAGGACUACAAGAAGGUCGAAAGUAACCGAUGGGAAGAAUUGAGGCAUGCCAUGCCCUUCGUGUACUUCAACCGACAGCUGGACCUGUAUAUCGACAGUCGCCAGGAAGGGAAUGAGCUCCGCCACAUCAGGCGCUCAUGCGAUGCGAACGUUUUAUUCAAAAUUUACAUCACCAACGGUCGCGAGUACCAUUUUUGUUUUGUUGCGAAAGAUGACAUUUCGGCAAACUCGGAAAUUACCUUCAUGUGGCAUUUUGAUGAAAAUCUCUUUCCCGAAAACACGUUGGAGCAGACCAAGGACAGGGUGGUAGAUCCAAAUGAUGCUGCUAUAUAUAUUAGCAAUGCACUGGCGAUCUUUGGUGGUUGUGCGUGCGGUCAUUCCCAAACUUGCGCUGUGAGCAAGCUUGAUCGCCGGUCCAAACUUCUUCCUGGCCAGAAACGUGUCAAGUCGAAAGUGAAGGGCAAACCCAGGCGGACCAAAUCCCAGGUCGAUAUCAGUCGCGCCGACAGCGAGACGAUGAAACAUCCCGAUGAACAUGACUCCGCCCUUGACACCAGAUCAAAUUCCGGUUCCACGCGCGGUAGACAUACUGGUAGUCGCGAUAUCAGCCCCACGACACAUCAACAAAUACUGCCCGAGCUCUCCAGUCGUGAAAGACGCAAGAUAGCCAAUGCCGAAAAGCAGUUUGAACAAAUGGCCCUAGGGCCCGUCAACCCCAAAAGGAGAAAGCGCACCAGCGGUCUUUCACGGUCUACUGCUGCGGCAGUCUCGAGCUCAACGCACACUGCAAAGAACUGCAAACCCUACCACGAGUCUGUUCCAUCCCGACUCCUUCGCACCGCAGAGCGAUCGUCUCAACACCGUGCCCCUUAUGUUGAUGUACAAACCCAAGUUUAUGCCGGUGACGUGGAACGCGCUUUUUUGCGUGCGGAGCAUUCGAAACGAGGAUAUGAACUUGAUAUUCUACAUGAUACAGUCAUGAAGGUGGCGCGUUUCUCCGCGGGAAAUCAUUCCAGGGAGGAUUGGGCUCAGCGAGCGGCGUGGGAAGCCGGUGACCACAGUGUAAUCCCGUCUGGAGUCAUCCCCUGGUGGUGCAUCUACUACCCGGAAGCCACUGAUGACAGAUCCCAUAUCGAUUUGCUUCCAGAAGAUGCGGAUAGAAUGGGAAUACCCCGUGAUCAUGGCCCUCUUGCGAUGCCUCCUAGGUGGUCUUUCCAUCAGUCCAAGUACCCACAGUCUCCAUACAAGUAUCGCAAGAAGAUGCCAAUACUCGGUAUUCCUUAUGACCCUCCAGGGCGAUCUGUUCAGGGCGAUGUUGAUACCCGGAGCGCGGUCUUGGACAAGCCAUCCUUCUCUGCGCCUAGCAGCGAUCCGCGUAAGCCGGCGGGUACUCCUUAUUGGCCAUCUAUUGCCGCUCAUAGCUUCAGGGUCCUUGUUGCUGACAACCGUGGGAAUGUGCAAUUUUCCAUGCCACCACCUCAUAUACCGUCGGCCCUUAGUCCCAGAUCCACGGCGACAGGCGGGUUAGCAUCGCCCAGUUCCCAUGACGCGACUUCUCCACUUCCACUUGUGCCACCUUCUGGGCCUGCACUAGUAUCCACCCCUGCCAAGAAGAAACUCAGUCUUGGUGAUUAUCUGAUUCGACGUGGAACCAUGGCGAGCACCCCAACUUCGGAAAGGUCUCCGGCUCCGGCUCCUACCCCGACUUCUAGCCCGGGUUCUCUCCACGCCCAGCAUUUUCUUGCAAUCACAACUGUUUUCGGUGACAAGCAUGAACCUCCUCACCCCAAAACCGAAGCUCAAGGUGACAAGAACGAGUCUUCUGGAUCUCCAGAUGUUUCUAUGAUGGAUGCACCUCCGGAUGUUCCGAUGGAUGUUCCUAUGGAAGAUGCAUCCGAGUCACAACCCACCAACAAACAGUCUAUCUCUUCAUGA